AUGGACGGAAAUUUUUUCGGUCAGCUAGCCCCUGCUGAGAUCGAGAAGAAGGCGAGGAAAUGGAGAACGACUCAGAAGAAGAGAUUCAACGAGAAGAGAAGGCGGGGUGGAGGAGGCGGAGUAGACUUUGGCAAGGCAGAAUUGCCUCCUGAGCAUAUUCGAAAGAUCAUCAAGGAUCAUGGAGACAUGUCGAACCGAAAGUUUAGGAACGACAAACGUGUUCACCUUGGAGCACUGAAAUACGUGCCCCAUGCAGUGAUGAAGCUGCUGGAGAACAUUCCAUACCCUUGGGAACAGGUCAGAGAAGUUCCUGUCCUGUAUCAUAUCUCUGGAGCCAUUACCUUUGUGAACGAAGUACCAAAGGUCAUCGAGCCCGUUUAUCAUGCUCAAUGGGCGUCAAUGUGGCUAGCUAUGCGAAGGGAGAAGCGUGAUAGGCGACAUUUCAAGCGAAUGAGGUUCCCGCCAUUUGACGACGAAGAACCACCUAUGGACUAUGGAGACAAUGUGUUGGACGUGGAACCCCUUGAGGCCAUUCAAUUGGAGCUCGACGAGGAGGAUGACGCUGCCAUCAUUGACUGGUUCUACGACCCAAAACCUUUGGUAGACACGCCACAGGUCAAUGGAUCCAGCUACCGAUUCUUCCAGUUGACACUGCCACAAAUGUCCAACCUGUACCGUAUCGGUCGACAAUUGCUGUCAGAUUACUCGGACAACAAUGCCUCAUACCUUUUUGACAAGAAAAGCUUCUUCACAGCCAAAGCGUUGAACAUUGCUCUGCCCGGAGGUCCCAAAUUUGAGCCGCUUUACAGGGAUGCGGAAGCCUUCGAUGAGGAUUGGAACGAAUUCAACGACAUCAAUAAGGUCAUUAUUCGAGGAAUGAUCAGGUCAGAAUACAAAGUUGCAUUCCCGCACUUGUACAACUCGCUGCCCAGAUCCGUGCACAUCGGAGCAUACCAUGAGCCAAAGAAUGUCUACAUCAAAACGGACGAUCCCGAUCUCCCGGCGUUCUACUUCGACCCAUUGAUCAACCCAAUCUCUCAACGUGUCGUGCAGGAGGCCCAUACCUCUUUGGUCUCACACGAGGAUGAGGUAUUUGGUCACGGCAAGGAUGAGGAUGAUGACGAUGCCUUCGAGCUCCCCGAUGAGAUUGAGCCUUUUAUGAAGUCGCGAGGGUUGGAAAACGAAAACACCGCGGAUGCCAUCGCUUUAUACUGGGCAGGUUACCCUUAUAACAGACGCAGUGGGAGGAUGAGACGAGCUCAGGAUGUUCCAUUGGUGAAGAAUUACUAUUUGGAGCAUUGCCCGCCAGACCAAGCCGUGAAGAUUCGAGUGUCGUACCAGAAGCUUCUCAAGAUUUACGUCUUGAACGAACUUCACAAACGAAAGCCGAAAGCCAUGGCGAAAAGAAAUCUGUUCCGUUCUCUCAAAAACACCAAGUUCUUCCAGUCGACAACACUGGACUGGGUCGAAGUCGGCUUGCAGCUCUGUCGACAGGGCUACAAUAUGCUCAACCUUCUGAUACACCGAAAGAAUCUCAAUUAUCUUCAUCUGGACUACAAUCUCAACCUGAAACCAAUCAAAACGCUUACCACCAAAGAGAGGAAGAAGUCCAGGUUUGGAAACGCGUUCCAUCUUUGCAGAGAGAUCCUCCGACUCACCAAGUUGAUCGUGGACGCCCAUGUUCAGUUCCGGUUGGGCAACAUCGACGCCUUCCAGCUCGCUGAUGGUCUUCAAUACAUGUUCGCGCACAUCGGACAGCUCACGGGAAUGUACAGAUACAAGUACAAGCUCAUGAAGCAAAUUCGAAUGUGCAAAGACUUGAAGCAUCUCAUCUAUUCCCGCUUCAACACGGGUCCAGUGGGCAAGGGAGCAGGUGUCGGAUUCUGGGCACCAGGAUGGCGAGUCUGGCUAUUCUUCAUGCGUGGUAUCGUGCCUCUCCUGGAAAGAUGGCUUGGGAACUUGCUGGCUAGACAAUUUGAAGGACGAAACUCCAAGGGAACCGCCAGCACGGUCACCAAGCAGCGUGUUGAAAGUCAUUACGACUUGGAAUUGCGUGCGCAAGUCAUGCACGACAUCUUAGAUAUGAUGCCUGAGAAUUUGCGAGGAAAUAAGGCGAAAACAAUCUUGCAACAUCUAUCCGAGGCAUGGCGAUGUUGGAAAGCGAACAUUCCCUGGAAGGUCCCUGGAAUGCCGGCCGCCAUUGAGAACAUCAUCCUUCGUUACGUCAAAUCCAAGUCCGACUUCUAUACCUCCGUCGCUCACUACAAUCGGGAGCGUAUCAGGCGAGGAGCAACGGUUGACAAGGCUGUCGUCCGUAAGAACCUUGGUCGACUCACUCGACUGUGGAGCAAGGCCGAACAAGAGCGACAAAACGGAUACCUCAAGGAUGGUCCGUAUGUCUCCUCUGAAACCGCUGUGGCUAUUUACACCUCGACUGUUCAUUGGCUCGAGUCGCGUAAAUUUGCCCCAAUCCCGUUCCCACCCCUCUCCUACAAGCAUGACACCAAGUUGCUGGUCCUCGCUCUUGAGAAGCUGAAGGAGGCGUAUUCUGUUCAAGGACGACUCAAUCAGUCUCAACGAGAAGAACUGGCGCUUGUCGAACAAGCUUAUGAUAACCCUCACGAAUGUCUCUCGCGUAUCAAGCGAUUGUUGUUGACCCAGAGAGCAUUCAAGGAGGCUGGUAUCGAGUUCUUUGACACCUACUCUAAGAUUACUCCUUGCUACGACAUCGAGCCAGUCGAGAAGAUCACCGACGCGUAUCUGGAUCAAUACCUUCACUACGAAGCGGAUAAAAGACACCUCUUCCCCAACUGGAUCAAGCCGAGCGAUAAUGAACCCCCUCCUCUCCUGGUCUACAAAUGGUGUCAGGCCACCUCGAAUCUCACGGACAUUUGGGAUACUGAAAACGGGGAAUGCGUUGUCAUGAUGGAGACUACCCUCUCGCGUGUCUACGAGAAAAUUGACCUGACUCUGCUCAACCGUCUCCUUCGUCUGGUCUGUGACGCCAAUUUGAGUGACUACAUGACAUCUAAGAACAACACGGCGUUGACUUUCAAGGACAUGUCUCACAUCAACGUCUAUGGUAUGAUACGAGGUCUCCAAUUCUCAAGUUUCGUCUUCCAGUACUAUGGAUUGGUUCUCGAUCUCCUCAUCCUUGGUCUUCAGCGAGCCUCCGAGAUCGCCGGACCGGCAGCGAUGCCCAACGGUUUCUUACAAUACCGAGACCAAGCAACUGAGACUCGUCACCCAAUCAGAUUCUAUUCGCGUUAUGUCGAUAAAUUGCACAUCCUUUUCAGAUUUACCGCCGACGAAGCAAGAGAUCUCAUUCAACGAUACUUGUCGGUGCAGCCUGACCCUAAUAAUGAGAACGUCAUUGGCUACAACACUCGACGAUGCUGGCCUCGAGACUGCAGGAUGCGCUUGGUCAAGCACGAUGUCAACCUGGGGAGAGCUGUGUUCUGGAAUGUCAAAAAUUCGCUUCCUCGUUCCCUCACGACCAUCGAAUGGGACGAGUCAUUCGUCUCUGUGUAUUCCAAGGACAAUCCGCAACUCCUCUUCUCCAUGUGCGGCUUCGAGGUCCGCAUCCUGCCCCGUGUCCGGACGCAGAACGGAGAGGCUUAUUCGCUCAAGGACGGCGUUUGGAACUUGGUUCAAGAAUCGACUAAGAGCCGAAAUGCCCAGGCCUUCCUCCGAGUCAGCGAGGAGGGUAUUCAGGACUUCAACAACCGUAUCAGGCAGGUCCUGAUGUCAUCGGGCUCCGCUACGUAUGCCAAGAUCAUCAAUAAAUGGAACACCACCCUCAUUGGUCUCAUGACGUACUACCGAGAAGCAGUCAUCUCCACUCCCGAGUUGCUCGACGCCCUGGUCAAGGCUGAGAACAAGGUGCAAACCCGAGUCAAGAUCGGUCUCAAUUCAAAAAUGCCCUCGCGUUUCCCUCCGUGCGUGUUUUAUUCGCCAAAGGAGUUGGGAGGUCUCGGAAUGCUGUCUAUGGGCUUCGUCCUCAUCCCUCAGUCCGAUCUCAGGUGGUCCAAGCAGACAGACAGCGGUGGCAUCACCCAUUUCCGAUCUGGUAUGACCCAUGAGGAGGAUCAACUUAUCCCGAACCUUUACCGAUAUUUGGUUCCGUGGGAAGCAGAAUUUUUGGAUUCGGCCCGUGUCUGGUCCGAAUAUGCCAUGAAGCGUAAAGAAGCCACCGCAUCCAACAGGCGACUAACCUUGGAAGAUCUGGAAGAUUCAUGGGACAGAGGUAUUCCCAGAAUCAACACUCUGUUCCAGAAGGAUCGACACACUCUAGCUUAUGACAAGGGAUGGCGUGUCCGACAGUACUUCCAACAGUUCCAUCGGCUCAGGGCUAUGCCAUUCAUGUGGACCAACAACAGGCACGAUGGCAAACUUUGGAAUUUGAAUUCGUACCGAGUCGAUGUUAUCGCUGCUCUUGGUGGAGUCGAAGGAAUUCUUGAACACAGCUUGUUCGCGGCUACAGCAUUCCCGAGUUGGGAGGGCCUUUUCUGGGAAAAAUCCUCUGGCUUCGAGGAGUCCAUGAAAUACAAGAAAUUGACAAACGCCCAACGAUCCGGUCUGUCUCAGAUCCCUAACCGAAGAUUCACCAUGUGGUGGAGUCCGACCAUCAAUCGUGCCAACGUCUAUGUCGGUUUCCAAGUCCAGCUGGAUUUGACUGGUUGCUUCAUGCACGGCAAGAUCCCCACGCUCAAGAUCUCCCUCAUUCAGAUCUUCCGUGCCCAUUUGUGGCAGAAGAUUCACGAGAGUGUUGUCAUGGAUUUGUGUCAGAUCUUCGACCAGGAGUUGGAGUCCCUGGCGAUUGAAACAGUGCAAAAGGAAACCAUUCACCCUCGAAAGAGUUACAAGAUGAACAGCAGUUCCUCAGACAUUCUCUUGUUCUCUUCCUACAAAUGGCAAACCAGUCGACCAUCGCUCAUUACCGACAAUAAGGAUGUGCUCGAGGGUACUAGCAACAAGUACUGGCUCGACAUUCAGCUUCGAUGGGGAGACUUUGACUCGCACGACAUUGAGCGAUACGCUCGAGCCAAGUACCUCGAUUACAGCUCAGACAGUCAAUCGAUUUACCCCUCGCCCACAGGUGUCUUGAUCGCCAUCGAUCUCGCGUAUAACUUGUACUCUGGGUAUGGUGUCUGGGCUCCUGGAUUCAAGCCACUUUUGCAGCAGGCGAUGGCCAAGAUCAUGAAGGCCAACCCAGCUCUGUAUGUCCUUCGAGAACGAAUUCGAAAAGGUCUCCAGCUGUACUCUUCCGAGCCGACUGAGCCAUACCUCAAUUCGAGCAACUACUCGGAACUUUUCUCGAACCAGGUCAUCUUCUUCGUCGACGACUCGCAGGUCUAUCGAGUGACGAUCCAUAAGACUAUGGAGGGUAACCUGACCACGAAGCCUAUCAAUGGUGCCAUCUUCAUCUUCAACCCUCGAACAGGACAGUUGUUCUUGAAGAUCAUUCACACCUCCGUCUGGGCAGGUCAGAAGCGUCUCGGACAGCUUGCCAAGUGGAAGACUGCCGAAGAGGUCGCCGCUCUUAUCCGAUCUCUCCCUGUAGAAGAGCAGCCGAAGCAAGUCAUCGUCACGCGAAAGGGUAUGCUCGAUCCCUUGGAGGUACACUUGUUGGAUUUCCCAAAUAUCGUCAUCAAAGGUUCAGAGUUGCAGAUGCCCUUCCAAGCGGCUCUCAAGAUCGAAAAGUUCGGUGAUCUCAUCCUGCGGGCCACGCAGCCACAACUUGUGUUGUUCUCGCUCUAUGAUGAUUGGCUUCAGAGCAUCUCAAGCUACACGGCCUUCUCCCGACUCAUCCUGCUACUUCGAGCUCUACAUGUUAAUUCGGAGAAGGCGAAGAUCAUUCUUCGACCCGAUCGGAAUACAAUUACGGAGUCGUAUCACAUUUGGCCGACCUUGGAAGACUCUCAAUGGAUGGCAGUGGAAGUUGCCUUGAAAGAUCUCAUUUUGGCGGACUUUGGGAAACGAAACAGUGUCAACGUCGCGUCUUUGACCGCGAGUGAAAUUCGAGACAUCAUUCUUGGAAUGGAGAUCAGUGCUCCAAGCGUUCAAAGACAGCAAGCAGCAGAACUCGAGAAGGCCAACGAAGCCGCAUCGCAAGUUACUGCAUUGCAAACAAAGACUACCAACAUCCACGGAGACGAGAUCAAUGUGGUGACUACCACCCAAUACGAGCAGCAGACCUUUGCCAGUAAAUCCGACUGGCGAGUCCGCGCUAUUAGUGCCACGAAUUUGCCACUUCGAAUCAACCACCUCUUCGUCGGAAACGAUGAUGUCAAGGACGAUGCUGCGAGCUACACCUACGUCGUCCCCAAGAACAUUCUGAAGACCUUUAUCGUUAGCGCGGAUCUUCGAACGCAGGUCGUCGCCUACCUGUACGGAUCUUCGCCUCCCGACAACCCGCAGGUCAAGGAGAUCAAGGCGUUGGCAUGGGUUCCCCAGCGAGGUACAAACAACUCGGUGGAUCUUCCCGUCGCUCUCCCCAAGCACGACUUUUUGCUUAAGGACAUGGAGCCUUUGGGAUGGAUCAAAACACAAACUCAGGAAUUGAACCAUCUUGCGCCGGCCGACGUCACGACUCAAGCCAAGAUCAUGGCUGCGCAUCCAGAGUGGGGUCCAAACUCCAUUUGUAUCACCUGUGCCUUUACUCCUGGGUCAGUCUCGCUCAAUGCUUGGGAGAUUACUGUCGCCGGAUUCGAGUGGGGUCGCAAGAAUCAAGACGUCACCGGUGCGCACGCCGGUUUCAACCCCUCUAUGGCCAAUAGAGUUCAAUUGCUGCUAUCCGACAGGAUCUUGGGUAUGACCCUGGUCCCUGAAGGUGGAGUGUGGAACUACGGUAUUGGCCUCACUCAGAGCUGGACCGAAAAGGUGGCAUACAACAUGACCCUUGACAAGCCCGAGGCCUUCUGGAGCGCUGUGCAUCGUCCCAACGCUUUCCUCAACUUUGCGGCAAUGGAAGGCGAUGAUGCGGCGGACGUCGAGAACAGUCUGGAGUAG